CUCGCCGAGAUUGAUUGCGAAAUCCCAAAGAUACAGCCCGCACCAUCCCAUGUGUCAUCUUCCAUAGUUAACCCGUUUCUUCCAAGUUAAGUGGCCCCGGAGCCCCAUUCAAGAUCGCCCUCUGGCCUUGCACGCUUAUCCCCGCAAUCUUGGAUGAAAUGCUUUGCUCCUGUUGUGCCGCCGCCCUAUCUGGUCUCAAAUUUCACCAUUCUCAACUUGAGUUCUCUCAGUUUGCCAGACCAAGGCAGGGAGGGUCGAUUCUCGACUCUUGACCCUCGACUCAUGUGUGUACCUAAUCUGUCCCAGACCAGAUUGCGCCAGUCUCCACUGGAGCGAUUGGCGCCCUUUCCGCAAUAUCGGGGUUCUUCUCCCCUUCCAAACGGGAAAGAAAAGAACAAGCAAUUCUCCGCAUUUCACACCGUUGACAACCUAGAAAAAGCACAGAUGGAAGCUAGGUGCCUAUAUCUGAGAAACUUAAUCAUGGAAAUUUGCCGGGGAGGCUCAGAGCCGUUGCGCUCUAAACCACAUGGCAAGGCCCGACUUCCACUCUUGGCAGGGUAUCCUAAUGUCCGCUCCCUUGCCUCCGUGCGCUAUGCCCACAGUAUGCACAUAUCUAUGUACUUGUACUUUACGACGACCCUUAGUACCUCGACUGAUACUGCAGGUACAGUAGGUACUUUGAACAGAAUGGCAACCUCGAUAUAUAUGGAUGGAACGACGCCGUUCCCAUCAGGUGGGAAUUCAUUGACUUAACAGCUCAAUUUUUGUUGGUCACCAGUUGUUUGGCAACCAGGUUUGCGAUCAUUGAUCAAUUGAGCACUGCAUCGAGCCAUUGACAUCAUGACGAUCUGAUCCUCGUUGUGCCCCCAAUCCGGUACUGAUCACUACCCUUGCGUCCGAAACGACACCAAGAAACGCCCAGCAAAAGCCACCAUGCCGCCGCCCCGCGCCGAGACUUUAAUCACAUCAUUGCCGUCAUCCAAGACCUUUGUAAGCAUAGAAGUGCCGAUGCUUUCCACAAGCGGAAUGUUUGACGCAGAACGGAAGUUCAUUUAUGGAACUCAGUUAUGGAAGCUAUUGUCACCUGGUGCGUUCG